GAUUUCAGAUUAACAUCAUUUCAUGGAAAUUCAAAGUAGUUUUAUACGUUGGAAUAGUUUAAAGGAAGAAUUCGAUAUGUAAAGAAGAAUAUCCUCAAUUGAUUUGUGAUAAUACAAGGGAAAUAAUGAAAACAAUCUUCGGUUUUCUAGACAAACCAUGGUUCAAACAGAUUCUUGUUGCUGCUGGUCCAAUAGCAAUAACCUGUGGAUUAGGGAUGACAGAGGGUUAUUCUGCUAUUUUAUUACCUCAGCUCCAACAUGAAAACAGUACAAUAAAAAUAGACACUCAACUAUCCUCACUUAUAGCAUCCAUGUCAGCUCUACCAAUGGCUGGGGGAUGUCUCCUAGGUGGUUUUUUUAUGGAGAAAAUAGGCAGGAGAGCCAUCCACAUCUGGUCUUGUCUUCCUCUAACACUAGGAUGGUUUCUCAUAGCUUUAGCACCAAACACACUCAUAAUUUUGAUAGGAAGGUUCCUGACAGGUGUCAGUGAUGGCCUUCUUGGGCCUCCAACUGGCGUCUACAUAGCGGAAACCUCACAUCCAAACGCCCGUGGAGUCCUAAUCAUGUCAACAUGCGUUGCAAUAACUGCAGGAGUAUUUGGGGUACACCUAUUAGGCACUUUUUUCACUUGGAGGAUCACAGCACUCAUAAGCGGACUUAUCCCAAUACCAAUCGUUGUUUUGAUGUUCUUCGUGCCAGAAUCCCCCACCUAUCUGGCUAAGAAAGGACAGGUGGACGCAGCUACCAAGGCUUUCUACUGGUGCAGAGGAGAAUCCAGAGAAUCCCGAAAAGAACUGGAAGAACUGAUCGAACGUCAAAAAAACCUGGAUGACGCCCCUAAACUGUGCCUGUUGGACCAACUGAAGAAUCUGCGAGAUCCCAAGUUUUGGAAACCGACACUUAUAAUUUCAGUGUUGUUUUUCACGGCCCAAGCCACUGGUAGCAAUGCCGUGGCUAGCUACUCCAUCAAGAUCAUACAAGAGUGCGGUUUGAAGGGUGAAAUCUUCGACGAGUACCUCGCGAUGGUUUUUAUGGAUUCUUUCAGGGUUUUGGCCUCUAUCUUGUCCUGCGUUUUGGUCUUCAAGAUGACCAGAAGGAAUCUGAUGAAGCUGAGUGGGUUUGGAGUGUGCAUCUCAGUGUUUCUCCUAUGUUUGUACCUCCAUUUCUUUGGAAAGUCCAUCCAGUAUCAUCCAUUGGUCGUUUUGGCUCUGUUGAUGAGCUACGUCUUCUUCAUAGCUGUUGGUAUGAUACCCCUGUCUUGGACGAUGAUGGGGGAAAUUUUCCCUUUGGCUUACAGGGGUGUGGGCACUGCUAUAACUUCUUUGGUAUGUUACGUCUUCCUCUACCUUGCAGUCCAAACUUUUCCACAUUUUUUCGAAUUUUUCGGGAGCAUUAUAGGGAAUUUGGGUUUGUAUGGGGUUUGUACUUUGGUGGGUACUCUAGUGUUAGUUGCUUACCUGCCAGAAACUAAAGAUAAACCUUUGUAUGAGAUCGAGGAUAGUUUUGUGUCUGGAAAAGGUACAAGAAAUGCUGUUAAAGAUACUUGAUAAUGCCUAAUUUCAUGAAAAUAGCAACAAUACAGAAUGUAUUACCAAUAAGAAAGGAUUAGAAUGAUGAGGAAGGAAAUGAACUACAUCAUUUUCCUUAUUUUUACUUGUUUCUUCAUCAAAAUUCAGGUCAGUCUUAAGAAGAAUUUGUAUUAUAGUUUUUAUCGUAUUAAAUUAUUAAUUAUCAAUCUUGGGA